CAUUUUAGGUGAACAUCCUUGCCGCUGGGGUAAUGUGGAGUUUCUACAAAAAAUUUUACAAUAUUGGCUCUACUGCAGUAUUAUUACAGUAUUACAGUAUUAUUAUUGCUCCUACAAGUACGUUUGUUGCGGUUAAAGAGACUUUAACAAACACAAACAGUCAAUUGCCCUCCACACCAGCAGGGGCGCUACAAACCUGGGAGCCGUCGUACAAGCAGAAUCGUCCUCUACUCGCUGUCUCUGCUUUGUUUGUUCCGCACACGGCAGCAGGGUCGCACACACCCACUUUUACCCAGAGACUUUCAGCCUUGCGCAAACACACAUCUGGUGAAGUGUGUGCAGCUGUGUCCGCUCAGGCUACAAUGGCCAAGACCGGGGAUCUGAAAACGUUCCUAGAGUCUUCACUGAAUGAGAUUUUUAAAGCCACAGUGAGCGACAUCCUGGACUCAGUGGACCGGACCCUGUCCGAGUACCAGGGCACAAUACAAAGGAUCGAGUCUGAAAACGAGGGCCUGAAGCGGCUGCUUUUUUCACAGACGAGCACAGAGUUUGCACCUGGAGAUCUACAUGAAGAAGAGGCCAAUGAAAACUUUUCAGCUGCAGAAUGGGGGAGUCAUCCCAAUGGUAUGUUCAAGGUGUCCAUAUACAGCAGUGACAAGAAGAGCGUCAAGAGGAAGAGCAAAGAAAAGAUGGGGGGGGGUUUGCCACCUUCAACCCUUUUUCUGCAGACUAACCACACAGUACAGCAUCUGUGCGUGAACUCAACAGGUAUGGAAACUGGGAUAUCCAUAAAGUCAGAUUUGGAUGAAAGCCAGGCUAUUGAUCUCUCUCAGGCGUCAGCGCUUCUGAAUUUGACAUUGAAGCCAAUUAAAAAUGAGAGCACAGAGGUCAGGUGUGACAGUCAUGACGAAUACGCACAUCAGCAGCCAUCCCCGGGGCCCAGGCAUGACUGCGGUGGUGAUGAAGGCGAUGUUAAAGUCACCAUUGUUUCAGAUCAAUACAUGCAGGACGGUCAGUUCAUAAAGACAGAGGAAGAGGAGCAGAACGGGGACAGUUUCCCCCAGCGUGAACUGAGGUAUGCAUCAAAAAAUUACCCAGAAGCAGAGGAGGAUUCAGCGGCAGGGAGGAGGCAUGUGUCUGAGCCAGAAGCAGUGACGCCUAAAGGAGACAAUUUACCUGCUGUUCCUGUAGAGGAGUUUUUAGAAGUUUGUGACAACUUUUUGCGUUGUCCCACCUGUCCCAAAACGUUUAGUCGAGCGACCUCGCUCAACAUCCACAUCAAGACCCACAGCGGCGAGAAGGCUCACAGCUGCAGCUACUGCGGAAAAUGCUUCAGCCGGGCCGACCUCCUCAAAGCCCACAAACGCACUCACACGGGAGAAAGACCCUACAGCUGCAAUCUGUGCAGUAAAACCUACGCCCACCCCAGCCAGCUCCGGAUACACAAACGCAUACACACCGGAGAGAAGCCAUAUUGUUGCUCGCACUGUGGGAAGCGCUUCAACGAGCACAACCAGCUGAAAGUCCACCUGCGGACCCACACCGGGGAGAGGCCAUACGGCUGCCAGGAGUGCGGCAAAACAUUCAGCAACGCGGGAAACCUGCGCAUCCACGAGCGGAUCCACACCGGUGAGAAGCCGUAUUGCUGCGCCCAGUGUGGUAAGAGGUUCAACGGCCUGGGUGACCUGAAAACACAUUACAGGAUCCACACUGGAGAGAGGCCGUACAGCUGCGAGCUGUGCAAAAAGACCUUCAGCCAGGCGGGCCACCUCACCAUCCACAUGCGGAUGCACACGGGGGAAAGACCGUACAGCUGCAACGAGUGCGGCAAGAAGUUUACAGUGGCCAGCAGCCUUAAACUGCACCAGAGGACUCACACAGGCGAGAAGGAGUACAGCUGCUCAUACUGCAGCAAGAGCUUCAGCAGGUCCGGUCACCUGAAGAGACAUGAGCUGGUCCACACCAAGGAGAAGGUCUUCCUCUGCAGUCAGUGCGGGAAGACCUACACUGACCAGUCCUCCCUGAAGAAGCACCUGAAGAUGCACGUAACAAAAGAGCAGGAGGCUCAGAUCAAAGGAGGCGCAUGUGGAGCUGAAAGGAACUCGGACCGACCCGCAGCCUCAGAGACACUUUCAGACACUCUUAGAAAUUAAAACUGUAGGAGGUGAGUCAUUUAAGAACUGACAAUGAGUACUGUUUGUGACUGUAGUCAAUGUGAUAAUGGUACACUUACAAGCUUUUUCAGGGCUUUUUAAGCCUACUUCUGCAGACGGCGUUUGAGUGUACUACAUGUAAAUGAGGUGCAUGAACUGUCACCUUUUAUAUCUCAGCUUAGGGGGAAUUCCAGUGAAAGGAUGUGAGACAGGACGCUGAGUAAGUAGCGGAUUUCUGACUUGAUCAGAAAGCAGAAAAAAAACUUGCAUUUACAUUAGCAACAGAGCCAGUUGUGACUACAGGUGCCAAAGUCGUCUAGAACCACUAAGCACAAACUCCUAAUGAAAAUGCUGUACUGCUAGUGUCUCAAAAAUUUUCCUUCUAUUUAAAAAAAAAAAAAUCCAGUUCAGGGCUGCAAGGGCGCUGGUCACGAGUCCAUCACUUGGCUUAUCAUAAUUAAAAAGCUUAAAAUGUAAUAGAAAAUAAAAACCAAACUAGCCGGCCUGCAGAUUUGAAAACAGCGCCCUCUCUAGGAUCAUAUAUGUUGACCAUAUAUGAAUGCUUAUAAAACAAUAAUAUUUCUACAUUGUCAUAAUAUGGUUGUAAUAAAGGAAAACUGUGCAUAUAAUAAUUUUAUAGUAUUUGUUACUGAUGCUCGUCACAUAAAUAUAAAGAUUUUAGAUGCGCUUUAAAAACUACAAACAUUCUUAGUGUCGUUGCACUGAGCACCGAGGGAUCUUCCAGGAUUAUCGAUCGUGUUUUCCGGAGAGCUGAUUGGUCAGUGGAGUUUGAUCUGACAGAUUAUUUCCUCUGGAGUUACCGUAGUGAUAUACCCCCAGUGAUAUACCCUGGUGAAAACUCAGGGUUAAUCCUGAAGUUACCUUAAUCAGCCA